AUGAAAGUAGUUCGAGUUACUGAAGGUUUGCUAGAAGGUGAGGAGAUACAGAACGAGUACGGAGGCACGUACUUCAGUUUCAAAGGGAUCCCGUACGCUCAACCGCCAGUUGGAGAUCUCAGGUUUAAGGCACCACAAUCGGUACAACCUUGGACUGGCGUACGUAGUGCCAAAAAGUUUGGACCCAAAUGUUGUCAAUUUGACUCAUUAAACCCUAACCAAGACAAUUUGAACCGGAAUAUUUAUACAUCUGCAAUGGGUGUAGAAGAAUUUCUUCAAAAUAAGUCAGUUGUCAGUCACGGAGAUGACUUAGCUUACCUUUUCCCUAUUAAACACUUGUCCAGCAAAGUUGACCAAGAAUCUGAAAGCUUUCAAUUAAUAAGUACUGUUACUAAAUUAUGGACAAAUUUCGCAAAAUAUGGGAACCCAACGCCGGAUAAAAGUCUGGGAGUAGAGUGGAAGCCUUAUACUCUACAAAACCAAGAAUAUUUGGAUUUAGGCAACAAGCUAGUUAUGGAUACUAUACCUGAAAAAGAGGAAUUAGAAUUUUGGGACAGCAUUUUCAAAGAAUAUUUACCAAAAUACUUAGUUUGA